AUGCCCAGCCUUCUUCCUGAGCCCCCACUGACCCAGGCUCCCACCGCCGAGCCCCAAAGAGGACAAGUGGUCCUGAUCUCAUUGGGAGCAGCAGGACCCAGACCUGCCCCUCUCUCCGGCCCCUGCCCUGCCAGUUGUGCCAAGCCCAGCACCACCAUGUGUCCCUGCCAAGUGACCCUGGAGAAGCCAGCAGAAAGCAAAGCUCAGGACCCCUGGCAGAGGGGGUGGGGGGAACCUGAGUUCAGCAGCCCCAUCGCUGGCUCCAGGCUCAGCCAGCUGAUGGCCACCCAUCCCCUCAAACCCUGA